UCCCUACAAUUCAUUCAUCACUUCAUCUCUUUCGCAUUCACAACCAACCCAAUUUCCUACCAAUCAACACCAUCAAUGGCUCCAACAAAGGCCGAGAAGAAACCAGCGGAGAAGAAGCCCGCCGUAGAAAAAUCCCCCGCCGAGAAGAAACCAAAGGCCGAGAAGAAGAUCUCAAAAGAAGGAGGAAGCGACAAGAAGAAGAAGAGAACCAAGAAGAGCAUUGAAACCUACAAGAUUUACAUCUUCAAGGUUUUGAAACAGGUUCACCCCGAUAUUGGUGUCUCAAGCAAGGCCAUGGGAAUCAUGAACAGUUUCAUCAACGAUAUCUUUGAGAAACUCGCUCAAGAAUCGUCUCGGUUGGCUAGGUACAACAAGAAGCCAACGAUUACUUCUCGGGAAAUUCAAACCGCUGUUAGAUUGGUUCUUCCCGGUGAAUUGGCUAAACAUGCCGUCUCAGAGGGUACCAAGGCCGUUACAAAAUUCACCAGUUCUUGAUUUGUUUUCUGUUUUUCCCUUUUUCUUUGAAUUAGGGUUUAGUUUAUCAUAAAUUGGUCUUUUGUUUUAAAUUUUAUAAAAAGGAUUGUAGAUUUACAAAUGUGUUUUUGAAUAUUAAUGAUAAUAUGAAUCUUUUCUUGACC